AUGGUGGUCCUUCUCCUGGUCAUUGGGGCGGUCUGGGUGCUCCUCAUGGGGGUGGGGCUGUGGGAAGUCUGCCGCUGCCUCCUCACUACAGAGAUCCCUGCAGCCAUCGAACACCCCGUGAGACUGUGGGUCCUGCACUGCCUCCUCCAGGUGUUGAUGGCGUGGGGGAAGAUUUUGGAGAAACUGAGAAUCUGUUCCAUGCCCCAAUUUGUCCGUUUUGUACACGACCUGCAACCGCUCAAGACGGACCCGGCUGUGGUGGUCAAGGACCUCCGCUUGGGGACCAUCCCGGUGAAGCUAUACCAGCCCAAGGCGCCCUCCUGCAGCCCCCGGCCCGGCAUCGUGUUCGUCCAUGGCGGCGGGACCAUCUUCGGCAGCUUGAAAUUCUACCAUAGAACAUGCUGUCGUUUGUCCAAGGAGAGCGACUCCGUGGUUCUGGCAGUUGGAUACCGCCAGCCGCCCGAGCACAGGUAUCCGAUGAUAAUAGUCGACUGCUUUGCGGCCACCAUCUGCUUCCUGAGGUCCCUAGACAGGUACGGGGUGGAUCCAGCCCGCGUUGUGAUCUGUGGUGACAGCGUGGGUGGGGCAGUGGCCACGCUCAUUUGUCAAAAGCUUGUGAAGAGUUCAGAUCUCCCCAAGAUUCGUGCUCAGAUCCUGGUCUACGCUCCUGUCCAACUCCUGGACUUCCAGCUGCCUUCCUACCAGCAGAACAGAAAUGUCCCAUUGAUCAAUUUGGAUUUUGUCUACCAAUGUUUUGUUUAUUACCUGGACAUAAGCCCCACCUGGAAAAAUGCUUGCCUGAAAGGUGCCCACGUACCUGCCGAAGUCUGGGCGAAGUAUAGAAAGUGGGUGAGCUCCGAAAACAUCCCGGAGAGGUUUAAGAAGAGAGGCUACAAGCCGCUGCCCCCUAUGCCCCUGAAUGAGAGUGCUUACCUGGAGACAAACUUGCUUCUGGAUUUGAUCAACGAGCCCCUGCUUGCAGAAGACGAAGUCGUGUCUCGGCUCCCGGAAACCUGCAUUAUUAGCUGUGAGUAUGAUGUUCUCCGGGACAAUUCGCUCUUGUACAAGAAGAGACUGGAGGACCUCGGGGUCCCGGUGACUUGGCACCACAUGGAGGAUGGUUUUCACGGAGUGCUUAGCACCAUUGACAUGGGAUUCUUAUCUUUUCCCUGCUCCACGAGGAUUAUGAACAACAUGGCCCAAUUUAUAAAGGGCUUGUAG